CUGCACUACGGGAGCCUCCUGGGCAGCAGAGCUUGUGCCCAGAUGGCAGCAGCUGCCUGGGGCAGUGGCUUUCUGUACAGUGUCCUGCACACGGCCAAUACAUUUUCCCUGCCCCUCUGCCGAGGCAAUGUUUUGGACCAGUUCUUCUGUGAAAUCCCCCACAUCCUCAAGCUCUCCUGCUCAGAUGCCUACCUCAGGGAGGCUGCGCUUCUUGUAGUUAGUUUCUGUUUAGCAUUUGCGUGUUUUGUUUUCAUUUCAUUUUCUUAUGUGCAGAUCUUCAGGGCUGUGCUGAGGAUGCCCUCUGAGCAGGACCGGCGCAAAGCCUUUUCCACGUGCCUCCCUCACCUAGCUGUGGUCUCUCUAACUCUCAGCACUGCCUUGGUUGCCUACCUGAAGCCCCCCUCCAUCUCUUCCCCAUCCCUGGACAUGGUGGUGUCAUUUCUGUACUCGGUGGUGCCUCCACAAAGGGAUGUCUCCAAGCCCCAGGUCUGUGGUUGCUCCUGCAGCUUUGAGGACCUCUCCAAGGGCAUCAAAGUAUCAACGAUCAGAACCUAUGUGGGUCAGCUCGCCCAUGGAUCACAGCAGUAG